AUGAGUUGCCCACCUUUACUCAGUUGUUCUGCUUGGAUCUCUUCCAAGCACAAGGAUGAGCCUGAUGAAUCCGAUGGCUCGGCAAACAUCAAUGGAGCCAAUGCAGACAAGAACAAGGUGAUUGAGCAAAGCUUGGACUUUGAACAAUUUGAGACAUGUUACUGUCAGCUCAAGAUGGAGUUGAGGCUCUGUCUUCUAUGUUUUUCAGUUUUCCCGGAAAAUGUUGAAAUAAAGAAGAGGGUCAUGAUAUACUCGUGGAUGAGAGAGGGCUUUGUACAUCCCGUUGGAAGAAGACAAAGUAGUUUCACACCAGAGCAAUUUGCCAAUGAGUUCUUCAACAAGCUUAUUGCAAAGGGCUUCAUUGAGCCCGUGUGCAAAAAUAGUAGACUUGGAGUGGACAUAUGCAAGAUGCACCAUGUUGUUCGUUCUAUGGUGAUUAAGCUUGCCAAAAGGACGGACUUCUUUGAUUUUGAUGAAGCGGGUACUGCAAAAGAGACACUACAGGAAAAGGGGGAUUUGGUGGCGUUUUGUUAA